CGAAAAGAACCAUCGGCCCGGCCCGGCGACGCACGUGCGACGACAGAUGUAAACAAACAGCCACCAUGGACACGUCUCAGGAAAUGAGUGAAGUCAAACAAGAAGAGGAUGAAAAAACGCUACAGUUUCAUGAAAUGGGCCUCGACGACAGGAUUUUGGAGGCAAUUGCAAGGCUGAGAUGGGGUGAGCCAACUUUGAUUCAGGAGAAGGCCAUUCCGUAUGUACUUGAGGGGAAGGAUGUCCUUGCCAAGGCUCGCACGGGCUCUGGCAAGACGGGAGCUUUCGUCAUACCAACCAUCCACAAAAUUCUGGAGUGGAAACGUUCAGCCACAGAGCAGAUGGUGCAAGCUAUCAUGCUUGCUCCAAGCAAAGAGCUGUGCAGGCAGAUCAAAGAAAACCUGAGUCAGUUGACCACUCUGUGCAAACGAGAGGUUCGCUUCAUAGAUGUGUCUCCCACAGUCCCACUUGAGGCUCAACGUCCCCUUCUUGUUGAUAAACCUGACAUCGUAAUUGGAACUCCAAUGAGAAUCCUCGCCCACCUGAAUGAGGGCAACCUUAUGGUCAAGACUUCUCUUAAGAUGCUGGUGAUUGAUGAGGCUGAUCUCAUGUUUGCAUUUGACCAUGUGAAAGAAAUUCAGGAAAUACUGAAGAAAUUCCCAAAGAUCUUCCAGUCAUUCGUCACAAGUGCAACCAUGUUUGAUGAUGUGAAGAAGCUGAAGAGUCUCAUCCUGCACAACCCUGUCAUUCUGAGGCUGGAAGAGCCGCCCUUGCCAACAGCAGAACAACUUACACAAUAUGUCAUUAAGCUGUCUGCAUUUGAUAAAGUUGUUCUUGUCAAUGCACUCUUCCGUCUGAAUAUGAUCCGUGGCAAGACCAUCAUUUUUGUCAAUAGUGUUGACAAGGGAUACAGGCUGAGAAUGUACCUGGCCCAUUUUGACAUCAGCUCAUGUGUAUUGAACUCGGAAAUGCCUGUGGCUUCCCGUUGUCACAUCAUAGAGCAGUUUAAUAGUGGCAAGUACGACAUCAUCAUCGCCUCAGAUGAGCAGAAUUUAGAAGAAACAGCGGCAGGGACGAGCCAGGCUGGAACCAGUAAAAGGCAGCGCAACAAAGACAAGGAAUCAGGAGUGUCAAGGGGUAUCGACUUCCAGUUUGUGUCCAACAUCAUAAACUUUGACUUUCCCCUGAAUGUAGACAGCUACAUCCACCGCGUGGGCAGGACAGCCCGAGGUACCAAUCAGGGCACAGCCUUGUCUCUUGUGGCCAAGGCUGAUGAAGACCGGUUCAGGGAGGUAGAGACCAAGCUCAAGGCUCUCAUGCCCGACACUGGCCCUGUCUUCAAGGAUUUCAAGUUCGACAUCACACAGCUGGAUGGCUUUAGGUAUAGAUCAAUUGACGCCUGGAAACGCUGCACCUCAAUCGCCGUAAAGGAGACCAGGAAGAAGGAGAUUAGGCAAGAGCUACUGAACACCUCCAAACUAAAGACAUUCUUUGAAGAUAACCCAAGGGAUCUAGAAGUCCUGCGCCAUGAUGUGCCCAAGCACAGCCUGAAGCCAAUGACUCAUCUGAAGAAUGUACCGGAGUACAACAUCCCUGACCCACUGCGAACUGUGUCCAAAGGUGGCAAAAGGUUGAAGUUCAACAAGAACAUUCCAAAGGCAAAAUUGAAAAAGAUGUCAAAUACACACAGAAGAUUCCAGGAGAAGAAAUCAAACCCUCUAAAAAGUAUGGAGUUCACUGGAUUCAAGAAAAAGAAGUGAUUGUGAUGAUUUAUAUAUUUUGUUAUUUUUGAGGUGUCUAUAUAGCUUGUAUUAAUGUAAUAAAACAUCUGUUAUCUG